ACCCUCCACCUGCAUAACCAGCUUCAGAUCAGCUGGGAGCAUGCAGAGGACUACAAACAUGGACGUCAUGGAGACAAGAACAAACUUUGUCCAAACUUUGUUCUGGUUCUGGUUCAAACUUUAAUGUGAACACACCUGUCUGUGUCAUUGAGGCUGGUUGAUCAUUACAGGACUACACAUCCCAUGAUUCUUUGCUGACACCUGUUGGUUCUUCUCAAACUGUUUAACUGUUUAACAGGAAGUGACGUCACCGUUUUAAUUUCGUGUCAUCAGAUUUUUAUUUUCUGAAAUAAUUUAAACAUUUUAUUCAAAUAUUUCAAAAAUUAUUUAAAUCACAAAGUGACGUCUCGGUGACGUCGCUGUGACCUCUGACCAGGUGAAAAUCCGCCUCUCUGAUUGGCUGAGCUGCAGACAGGUGAAGAUGGUAGCUCAGGUGGUCCCGGUUCUGCUGCUGCUGAGCGGCUCGGACUUGUUCGGACUGUCCGCCCGUCCCGGACUCUCGUCCGGCUCCGGUCCAGACCCAGAGCGCGGUAGGAUGGAGCUGCGGCGCGUGCGCAGCCUGGCCGCCCAGCCUCGGUACGGAGAGUGUUGGGCGCGAGCUCUGGAGCACCUGGACACGCGCUGCAGGGACCUGACGUCAGAGAGCCAGAGCCAGAUCGCGCUGAGAUUCACCUUGUGUCACCUGAGCAGCUCAGGUCGGGAGUUACCAUCAUGUCCUGAGGAGUCAGAGGUCAGCAGGUGUACAGGUGCGAUGGACGCUGUGGGCUUUAACACCUACACUGAGUUCUUCACCCACACCCACUCAAUGUGUCACUUCCUGCAGUCUGAAGCCUGGCAGAGCCGAGCUGAGAGCACCAUGUACAGGUUGACGGAGAGUUCGGCAGGUGUAGCUGAGCAGCUUCAGUCCACCAGACAGAUGGCUGAGGACCUUAUUGAUGCCCAGAAUGCUGCCUUACAGGCGCAACAGGAGAUACUGAACAACGGAGAGGAGCUGAGAGUCACCCUGAGAGACUCCACCCAGGGUCUGCGGUCGGUGUUCUCAGAGCUCAGCAGUGUCUCCAGGGAGCAGCAGGUGGCGCUGUCUGAGCUUUUUAACAGAGUUUCUUUUCUUCAGAGUUUCCUGCUGAUGGAAACUCACAGUCUGAGCUCCUGCUGCUACAACGCUGCUGCUCUGUGCACCGCCUUCCUCAUCACCUCCACCCAACGCUCCUCCAGAGCCAGGUUGGUGUUGUUGAGUUUGGUGUGUUUAAAUUUCUACCUGGAGAAAAAAAUCUACGAGUUUGUGAUGAACUCUGAUCAUCCUGAACACAAACACAUGGAGCUGCUCAGUGUGUAUGUGAGUGCACUGCGGCGGUUCAUGGUGUGUGUUGCAGUGUGUGUUCUGGUGUGUGUGUGUGUUCAGUACAGAGACCCGGUCCAGCAGAGUCUACAGGUUCUGCAGCAGCUCAGAGAGACCCAGAAGAACCUGCAGGAGGCGCUGCAGCGCACAGAGCGUUUAGCAGAGCGACAGGUGGAGUCAGAGGAUCGUCCUGCAAAUGUGAGACGGCGACGAGAAGAGACGAAACGAAGAGAAGAAGAGUGUCUUGGUUGGAGUACUGACAGUAUUCUCAGCAGUACAGUGAUCAGCUGUGACAUCACACUGCAGCCACAGAUGACCCACAAUGCAUCAGUGCAGUGUCAGACAACCCACAAUGCAUCAGUGCAGUGUCAGACAACCCACAAUGCAUCAGUGAGUCCAGCCACGCGUCCUCGUCGCUCGUCCUCCCGUCUCACCUCGUCCCCCUCUCCUCUGGUCUACAGCGUCCUGGUGGAGGACAGACAGUGUUGAAGAAGGUUGUUGGCUGUGCACCAAGCCAACAGCCGCUCCACCUCUUCUCUAUAGGCGGACUCAUCCCCCCCGGAGAUGAGCCCCACCACUGUGGUGUCGUCUGCAAACUUCACAAUGGUGUUGCUGUGAUGGACAGGGGUGCAAUCAUGUGUGUAGAGGGAGUAAAGCAGCCCUGGGGGGUGCCGUGGAUGUAUGGUGACCCACUCUGACUCUCUGUCUGCGUCCAGAGAGAAAGCUGCUGAUCCACCUGCAUGUGGCCUCAGGGAGCCCGAGGUCCCUCAGCUUGACCGCCAGCUUGUGUGGCAGGAUGGUGUUGAAUGCCGAGCUGUAGUCCACGAAGAGCAUCCGCACAUAGCUCCCCUGCUGCUCCAGGUGUGAAAGUGCAGCAUGGAGGGCUGUUGCCACUGCGUCUCCCGUGGAUCUGUUCGCUCUGUAGGCAAACUGGUUGGAGUCAUGGCUGGGGGGCAGGGCUGUUGUGAUGUGACUGCGAACCAGUUUCUCAAAGCACUUCAUGACCACUGGAGUGAGUGCCACUGGUCUGUAGUCGUUGAGGCUGGUGAUGUGUGGCUUUUUGGGCAGGGGGACUAUGGUGGAGGACUUCAGCCAGGGAUUGGUUAAAGAUCCUCGUGAAGACUCCAGCCAGCUGGUCUGCACACUCCCUCAGCACCCAUCCUGGGACGCUAUCCGGACCAGCCGCCUUCCUUGGAUCCACCGCCCGCAGGGUGCGCCUCACUUUCUGUUCCUCGAGAGCGAGGGUUGUGCUGCUGUGACCUCGAACCGAGCAAAGAAGACGUUCAGCUCCUCUGCCAACGCAAGGUCACCUUCAGCAGCUCCACGCCCCGAUACAGUCUGAGGAGCAGAAGAUCAGAGACUCACUGAGACGACACUUCCUGUUUGUUU